CCUGACUGUCGCUACUGUGGAAAAAGAAGCGAAGCCCCUCCGACAUCUGGCCAUCUGGCACACAACCGAUACUGACAAAUUAUGACUCAAUUAACCCCCGAAGAGAAGCACCAUUUGAUAACGAGAAACCUUGCCGAAUGGCUGGGUGAUGACAAAUUGAAGUCCAUUCUGAAGGAGAGAGAUCUGAAGCUCUACUGGGGCACAGCGACCACGGGGAAGCCCCACAUUGGAUACUUCACGCCAAUCUCCAAGAUCGCGGAUUUCCUCAAGGCCGGGGUUGAGGUGACCAUUCUCUUCGCCGACCUUCACGCCUAUCUCGAUAACAUGAAGGCACCCUGGGAGCUGCUAGCCAGGAGGACAGAGUACUACGAAGCUGUCAUCAAGUCUAUGUUGAAUUCCAUUGGAGUCCCUCUGGACAAACUGAAGUUCGUGAAGGGAACGGAUUACCAACUCUCCAAAGAAUACACCUUGGAUGUUUAUCGUCUGAGCUCAGUGGUAACUGAGCACGAUGCCAAGAAAGCUGGUGCUGAAGUUGUCAAGCAAGUGGCGAGUCCCCUCCUCUCUGGACUACUCUAUCCAGGACUCCAGGCUCUCGACGAACAGUAUUUGGGGGUUGAUGCCCAAUUCGGUGGCGUCGAUCAACGAAAAAUCUUCACAUUCUCCGAGAAAUAUCUACCCAUAAUGGGGUAUGAGAAGAGAAUCCAUCUGAUGAAUCCCAUGAUCCCUGGACUGGCUGGGGCCAAGAUGUCAUCAUCAGAGGAGGAUUCCAAGAUAGAUCUGCUGGACAGUGUUGGUAAUGUCAAGAAAAAAUUGAAGAAAGCAUUCUGCGAGCCUGGAAACAUCGUUGAUAACGGAAUCCUCGCCUUUUCGAAACACGUGAUUUUUACGCUCAUGAAGAAGGGAGAGAAAUUCCUGGUUCCGAGGGCAGCGGAAUUCGGCGGUGAUGUAGAGUAUGAAACUUAUGAAGACCUAGAGAAUGCCUUCUCAAAAGAAGAAAUUCACCCUGGAGAUUUGAAAGCUGCUGUGGAAGUUUACAUCAACAGACUUCUGGAUCCAAUCAGAAAGGAAUUCGAAGCUGAUUCCAAUUUGAAGAGCCUCAGCAGCAAAGCUUAUCCACCACCCCAAAAAGAAAAGAAGCAAGCGAACAAACCAAAUGCACCAACGAAUCAAAAUACUGAAAUUGAGCCCUCGAGACUCGACAUCAGAGUCGGAAAAAUAGUCGAAGUGUCGAAGCACCCUGAUGCUGACUCUCUGUACGUCGAGAAGAUUGAUCUGGGGGAAGAUAGUGGACCGAGAACUAUCGUCAGUGGUCUUGUGAAUUUUGUGCCCAUCGAGGAGAUGAGGGACAGAAUGGUUGUAGUUCUUGCUAAUUUAAAACCAGCCAAUCUGAGAGGUAUUGCUUCCCAUGGAAUGGUCCUGUGUGCUUCAGUAGAUGGAGAUGAGCGAAAGGUAGAACCCAUUCGUCCCCCGUCAGAUGCAUCACCAGGAGACCGAGUAAUAGUAGAAAAUUACGAGAAUGGAGUUCCAGACGAUGUUUUGAAUCCCAAGAAGAAAGUCUGGGAGAAACUAUCAGUGGAUCUCGUUGUUAAUUCAAAUGGAGAGGCUUCGUGGAAUGGAAACCUCCUUCUCACCCCCUCCAAAGGAAAGCUCACUGCAGACUCUCUCAAGAACGUCCCCAUUAAAUAAAGAACAAUUAAAUAAUAAUAAUGGAGAAUUUUGCAAAUUUUUUCCAAAAACUGAAAAAAAAUUAUGCAGUUUUUAAAACCCUCUUCUGCAUUUUUCAUCAAUUGUUUUGUUAAUUAUUUAUGAAUUCAAUAAAAUUUGCACUCAUAAACUAUUGGAA